AUGGAUCCUGAACAAAGUGUCAAGGGCACCAAGAAGACUGAGGGAAGUCCCCGGAAAAGGCUGACCAAAGGAGAGGCCGUUCAGACCAGUGUCUCAUCCAGCGCCCCGUACCCAGGCAGCAGCACGGCCGCCACCCAAGAGGGCCCCCUCCAAGAGCUCCUAGCCCCACAGCCCUUCCCGGGCCCCUCGUCCGUUCUUAGGGAAGGCUCUCAGGAGAAGACAGGCCAGCCGCAGAAGCCCCCCAAGAGGUCCUCCAUCGAAGCCUCGGUCCACAUCUCCCAGCUUCCGCAACACCCUCUGACACCAGCAUUCAUGUCGCCCGGCAAACCCGAGCAUCUCCUGGAGGGGUCCACAUGGCAGCUGGUCGACCCCAUGAGACCCGGACCCUCAGGCUCUUUCGUGACCCCUGGGCUCCAUCCUCAGAGCCAACUCCUCCCUUCCCAUGCUUCCAUCAUUCCCCCUGAGGACCUGCCUGGCAUCCCCAAAGUCUUUGUGCCCCGUUCCUCACAGGUCUCCUUGAAGCCCACAGAAGAGGCACACAAGAAGGAAAGGAAACCACAGAAGCCGGGCAAGUACAUAUGCCAGUACUGCAGCCGCCCCUGUGCCAAGCCCAGCGUGCUCCAGAAACACAUCCGCUCGCACACAGGUGAGAGGCCCUACCCCUGCGGCCCCUGUGGCUUCUCCUUCAAGACCAAGAGUAACCUCUACAAGCACAGGAAGUCCCACGCCCACCGCAUCAAAGCUGGCCUGGCCUCGGGAAUGGGCGGUGAAAUGUACCCCCCGGGGCUGGAGAUGGAGAGGAUCCCUGGGGAAGAGUUUGAAGAGCCCACGGAAGGGGAGAGCACAGAUUCAGAAGAGGAAACGGGCACGACGUCCACUCACCCCACAGAGCUUUCCCCAAGGCCCAAGCACCCCCUUCUGUCCAGCAGUUUGUACAGCUCUGGGAGCCAGGGUUCCAGCCAUGAACGCUGUUCCCUGUCCCAGUCCAGCUCAGCCCCGUCGCUCGAGGACCCCGGUCCCUUUGUGGAACCCUCAUCCGAACACCCCCUGAGCCAUAAACCCGAGGACACCCACACGAUAAAGCAGAAGCUGGCCCUCCGCUUGAGCGAGAGGAAGAAGGUGAUUGAUGAGCAGGCAUUCCUGAGCCCGGGCAGCAAAGGGAGCACCGAAUCUGGGUAUUUCUCGCGCUCCGAGAGCGCUGAGCAGCAGGUCAGCCCCCCAAACACCAACGCCAGGUCCUACGCCGAGAUCAUCUUCGGCAAGUGCGGGCGCAUUGGGCAGCGGACCGCCAUGCUGACGGCCACCUCCACGCAGCCCCUCCUGCCCCUCUCCACCGAAGACAAGCCCAGCCUGGUGCCUCUGUCCGUGCCCCGGACGCAGGUGAUCGAGCACAUCACCAAGCUCAUCACCAUCAACGAGGCCGUGGUGGACACCAGCGAGAUAGACAGCGUGAAGCCCAGAAGGAGCUCGCUGUCUCGGCGGAGCAGCAUGGAGUCGCCCAAAUCCAGCCUCUACCGGGAGCCCCUGGCCUCCCACGGUGAGAAAACGAAGCCCGAACAAUCACUGCUGAGCCUCCAGCACCCGCCCAGCACCACUCCCCCUGUGCCUCUGCUGAGAAGCCACUCAAUGCCUUCUGCCACCUGCACCCUCAGUACCCCCCACCACACCUUCCGAGGCAGCUACUCCUUCGACGACCACGUCGCCGACUCGGAAGCCCUGAGCCGCAGCAGUCAACUGUUUACCUCCCACCCCCGGAUGCUCAAGCGCCAGCCGGCCAUCGAACUACCCUUGGGCGGGGAGUACAGUUCCGAGGAGGCGGGGCCCAGCAGCAAAGAGGCAGCCUCCAAACUUGCAGAUGAACCGGAACCCAGGGAAAGCGACCUCACCAAAAAGACCAAGAAGGGUUUGAAAAUGAAAGGGGUGAUCUAUGAAUGUAACAUAUGUGGUGCUCGGUACAAGAAAAGGGACAAUUAUGAAGCCCAUAAAAAGUACUACUGCUCGGAGCUUCAGAUGGCAAAGCCGGUCACCACAGGUGCUCACGUGUCUCCGGAAGCCGAAAAGAGUCAGGCCGAGCAUGAGCCCUGGUCCCAGAUGAUGCAUUACAAACUGGGGACCACCUUGGAGCUCACUCCACUGAGGAAGAGGAGGAAAGAGAAGAGCCUCGGGGACGAGGAGGAGCCGCCCGCCUUUGAGUCCACAAAGAGUCAAUUUGGCAGCCCCGGGCCAUCCGAGGCUGCUCGGAACCUUCCCUUGGAAUCCACCAAGUCACCAGCAGAGCCGAAUAAGUCAGUCCCCUCCCUGGAGGGAUCCAAGGGCUUCCAGCCAAGGACUCCCAAGUCAGGGUCCAGUUCAGAAUCAGGGAAGGAGAGGAGAACCACGUCCAAAGAAAUUUCUGUCAUCCAGCACACCAGUUCCUUCGAGAAAUCUGACUCUCUGGAGCAGCCCAGCGGCUUGGAAGGGGAAGACAAGUCUGCGGUCCCAUUCUCAUCACCCCCACCUGCCCCGCAGGGACGCUCAGCUCACUCCCUGCAGCCCAGGUUGGUCCGUCAGCCCAACAUUCAGGUUCCUGAGAUCCUGGUGACUGAGGAGCCCGACCAGCCAGACACAGAGCCGGAGCCACCCCCUAAGGAGCCCGAGAAGACAGAGGAGUUCCAGUGGCCCCAGCGCAGCCAGACGCUUGCCCAGCUCCCAGCUGAGAAGCUGCCACCCAAGAAGAAGAGACUGCGCCUGGCGGAGAUGGCCCAGUCAUCAGGGGAGUCCAGCUUCGAGUCCUCCGUGCCUCUGUCUCGCAGCCCGAGCCAGGAGAGCAGCGUCUCUCUGAGCGGGUCCAGCCGCUCCGCCUCCUUCGAGAGGGAUGACCAUGGAAAAGCCGAAACCGCCGGGCCCUCGUCUGACACACGCCCCAAGCCCUUGGGCACCCACAUGCUGACUGUCCCCAGCCACCACCCGCACGCCCGCGAGAUGCGGAGGUCCGCCUCAGAGCAGAGCCCCAAUGUUUCCCACUCCACCCACAUGACCGAGACACGUAGCAAAUCCUUCGACUACGGCAGCUUGUCCUUGACAGGCCCUUCUGCACCAGCCCCAGUGGCUCCAGCGGCCCCAGCGGCCUCAGUAGCCCCACCAGAGAGAAGAAAAUGCUUUUUGGUGAGACAGGCCUCUCUGAGCAGGCCUCCUGACACCGAGCCAGAGGCCACUCCCAAGGGAAGACAGGAGAGUGAGGAACCAAAGCCCUCAUCCAGUAAAUCUUCAGCCAAAAGCGCAUUGCCCCCCAUUUCCUCUGCAGCCACCUCGCACAGCGGGCACCCCGCAGGCAAGAGCCCGGCGCAGGACAGACCCACGCUGGGGGCCACUCCACCCUACACAGAAGCAUUGCAGGUGUUCCACCACCCCAUUGCCCAGCUCCCCUUGCAGGAGAAACCGUACCUGCCCCCUCCUGUCUCCCUUUUCUCCUUCCAGCACCUCCUACACCAUGAGCCAGGGCAGUCUUCGGAGUUCUUCUCCACCCAGGCCAUGUCCAGCCUGCUCUCCACACCAUACUCCAUGCCGCCACUUCCUCCCUCCUUAUUUCAAGCCCCCCCAUUUCCUCUCCAACCUACUGUUCUGCACCCAGGCCAACUCCACCUCCCGCAGCUCAUGCCUCACCCAGCCAACAUCCCCUUCCGGCAGCCCCCUUCAUUUCUCCCCAUGCCUUACCCUGCCUCCUCAGCACUUUCUUCUGGGUUUUUCCUGCCUCUGCAAUCCCAGUUCACCCUUCAGCUCCCUGGUGAUGUGGAAAGCCGUGUACCCCAGGUCAAAACCAGUCCAGCCACACUGGCAACAGGAACCCCUGGCCUCUCCCCAAGUACAGAAUACAGCAGUGACAUCCAGCUGCCCCCCAUGGCUCCCCAACCCAGCUGCUCAGCACCCACAUCAGCCCCCCCACUGGCCCUGCCCACCUGUCCAGACAGCAUGGUGUCUCUGGUUGUGCCCGUUCGCAUCCAGACCAACACGCCAUCCUACGGGAGCGCCAUGUACACCACUCUCUCCCAGAUCCUGGUCACCCAGUCCCAAGGCAGCUCAGCAACUAUGGCUCUUCCCAAGUUUGAGGAGCCCUCAUGCAAGGGGCCGUCUGUGUGUGGGGCAGAUGUGUACGAGUUCGGGCCCAGACCGGCCGGGGUAAGUGAAGAGCAGAGCAGAGGUUUCCCGACUCCAUACCUGAGAGUGCCUGUGACGUUACCUGAUAGAAAAGGCACUUCCCUAUCAUCAGAGAGUGUCUUGAGCCUGGAGGGGAGUUCAUCAACAGUGGGAGGAAGCAAACGUGUCCUUUCACCAGCUGGCAGCCUUGAACUUACCAUGGAAACCCAGCAGCAAAAAAGAGUGAAGGAAGAGGAGGCUUCCAAGGCAGAUGAAAAACUCGAGCUGGUGAAACCGUGCAGUGUGGUGCUCAGCAACACUGAGGAUAGCAAGAGACCAGAGAAGUCCCACUUGGGCAGCCAGGGCCAGGGAAGAAGGGAGCUAGAAACACUGUCCAGCCUGUCCUCAGAUCCAUCCGACCCAAAGGAAAUUCCUCCCCUUCCUCAGCCCUCAUUGCCCCAUGUGACAGCCCCGGGCUCAGAGGCUUUGAAGGAAUAUGCCCAGCCAUCUGGUAAAUCUCACCGAAGAGGGUUGCUCCCACUGAGUGUGAAGAAAGAAGAUUCCAAGGAACAACCUGACCUCCCUCCACUGGCGCCUCCCAGCUCACAGCCUCUGUCAGAAACGUCCCCCAGACCAGCCAAGUUGCAAGAAGGUACGGACUCAAAGAAGGUACUGCAGUUCCCCAGCCUCCACACGACCACUAAUGUCAGUUGGUGCUAUUUAAACUACAUUAAGCCAAAUCACAUCCAGCAUGCAGAUAGGAGGUCCUCUGUUUACGCUGGUUGGUGCAUAAGUUUGUACAACCCCAACCUUCCGGGGGUUUCCACUAAAGCUGCUUUGUCCCUCCUGAGGUCUAAGCAGAAGGUGAGCAAAGAGACAUACACCAUGGCCACAGCUCCGCAUCCUGAGACGGGAAGGCUUGUGCCAUCCAGCUCCCGCAAGCCCCGCAUGACAGAGGUUCACCUCCCUUCGCUGGUUUCCCCGGAAGGCCAGAAAGAGAUAGCUAGAGUGGAGAAGGAAGAGGAGAAGCGAGGGAAGCCGGAGGAGGAUGCUCCUGCCUCCAAGAGAGGGGAGCCUGCGAGGAUCAAAAUCUUCGAAGGAGGGUACAAAUCAAACGAAGAGUAUGUAUAUGUGCGAGGCCGCGGCCGAGGGAAAUAUGUUUGUGAGGAGUGUGGAAUUCGCUGCAAGAAGCCCAGCAUGCUGAAGAAACACAUCCGCACCCACACUGACGUCCGGCCCUAUGUGUGCAAGCACUGUCACUUUGCUUUUAAAACCAAAGGGAAUCUGACUAAACAUAUGAAGUCGAAGGCCCACAGCAAAAAGUGCCAAGAGACGGGGGUGCUGGAGGAGCUGGAAGCCGAAGAAGGAACCAGUGAUGACCCGUUCCAGGACUCGGAAGGGCGAGAGGGCGCAGAGGCCGUGGCAGAACACCAGUUUUCAGACCUGGACGACUCGGACUCAGACUCGGACCUGGACGAAGAGGAGGAUGAGGACGAGGAGGAGAGCCAGGACGAGCCAUCAGGCCCGUCCUCGGAGGCACCCCCACCUGGCCUGCCAGCCACGCUGCCGGCAGACUCCUCACCUGCUCAGGGGCCUCAGCCCCCAGAUGCAACCUCUGACAACCAGGCCAUGUGGGGCAGCUCAGCCUCAGAAGCUGAGCGCUUGGCAGCGGGCAGCUGCUCCACGUCCAGCCAAAGCACCCUGUGCCUGCCCCAGCUGGGACCUGCCCCACCAGGCCCCGUGGAGAAGGACACAGGCUCGGCCCUGAGCUCCAAGGCCGUGUCCCCAAGAAGGCCGUGGUCCCCGAGCAAAGAAGCAGGCAGCCGCCCACCGCUCGCCCAAAAACACUCCCUAACCAAAAGCGACGCGUCUCCCCAGCGACACUCACCGGCCCGGGAGCCACCGGCCUCAGCCCCGAGCCCGCCCGGCUCCCAGACGGGCCCCCUCCCCCGUGGGUCUCCAAGACUCGAGCUGUCUCCUCUCACCCUCCACCCCCUGGGAAGGGAACUGUCCCCUGGAGCGCACCUGCUCCCCGAACACGAGGGCGCUGCAGACCCACCAGGCCCCCCCAGACACUCGCCCACCAGGAGAUGGUCUCCAGGCCAGGCCGAGUCAUCGCCACGGUCAGCGCUGCCAGGGAAGUGGGCCUUGGCAGGGCCGGGCAGCCCCUUGGCGGGCGAGCGCGGCCCAGGCUCAGGGCUGGCCCCACGGGCUCUCUACCUGCCCGCGCCUCUACCUCACACGCUUCUCGGCAGAAGCCCAGCGGAGACCUGCACCUCCACGUGGCAGAAGGCCGAGUCGCCAGGUCCCUCCCGCUCACCUGGCCCUUCUCAUCCUCUCUUCUCCCGACCCUUCUCCGCCCCCCACGACUUCCACGGCCACACCCCAGCCCGGACAGAGGAGAACGUCUUCAGCCACCUGCCUCUGCACUCCCAGCACUCGGUCCGCGCCCCGUGCCCCCUGAUUCCCAUCGGCGGGAUCCAGAUGGUGCAGGCCCGACCGGGGGCCCACCCCACCCUGCUGCCGGGGCCCCGCGCGGCCUGGCUCAGCGGCUUCUCGGGGGGCGGCAGCGACCUGACGGGGGCCCGGGAGGCCCAGGAGCGAGGCCGCUGGAGUCCCACCGGGAGCUCAUCGGCCUCCGUGUCCCCGGUGGCCAAAGUCUCCAAAUUCACACUCUCCUCGGAGCUGGAGGCCAGGGACCACCCCGAGGAGAGGGGCCGGACGAGUGGGGGCCUGGGCCGACCUCCUGACCGGGAGCCCCACGUGGCCGAGGGGCCCGCAGAGCCCACGCCCACGCCCAGCCCCCGCGCCCCGCCCGAGGCCUCGCCCCGGCCACCGCAGGGCCGCCGGGCAGGGUCCCGCAGCCCCCGCCUGGAGUCGCCGCACGCCCUGGCCGACCCCGCGGCCCCUGCCACCCCGCCGCUGGACCGCAGCAGCUCCGCGGGCUGCCUGGCCGAGGCCUCUGCUCGCUUCCCAGCCCGGAGGAGGAACCUCUCUGGGGAACCCAGGACCAGUCAGGGCUCCCCUGAGCCCUCGGGAAGUGGGGGGCCCGGGGCACCUCCACACCAGCCCGAGGACCGAGGGCCCCGGAGCACCUAGCCUCUCCCCGACCGCUUCAGCAUCUGGAUUCCGGUCUUUGGCAACAGACGUUUCCAGCCGACUUCCUCGGAUCAUCUUGCUGUCACGGGCUCCCUGUCCCAUCUGUUGAUCUGUCCAAGCAGCUUCUGCUCAGCCCUCAUCUGUCUUAUCUUCCCACCAUGUAUGCAGUUACCUGUGCCUUUUUCUAUGACCUUCUGUUGCUUGAAAAGAAACAGACAACACACACACACAUAAAAAGCCCCACGAGGAGUCUGAGGCUGUGAAUAUUUAGGUGGGGCCUCGCCCUGCUCCACUGUGGUCAGCAGCCUCCCCGCAAGGCUGGCAAGAGGUGGUCAGUUGCUAAGAGAAAGGGGAUGCACUGAAGUAGAGAGAAAAAAAAAGAAACUUUAAAAAAUAUAUAAUUAAAUGUAAAAGCAAGCACUCCUAUGUACAGAUGUUUAUGAUUCCUAUUUAUUGCUGCUUUUUCCCACCACAGCUAGUGGCCUCCCCGGCUGCCAGCAGAAGGGCUAGUGGCCCGAGUCAGAGGGACAGGCAGGGAGACUCCAUGGGCAGGCCCAGGAAACUCCCACUUUCUCUUUCCUAGGAUUUCAACACAGACUAUUUGGAGCAGGUAGAAAGUAAGAGCUGGUUGGCUCCUCAGGGCUCCCAGACUCCCAGGUGGCCUGAAUCGUGAUCCCAUCGUUGCAUUUGACUGGUAGACACAUCCCCCUGCCCCUCACCCCAGCACCUCCACUCUGCAUCCCACUCUCGACCUCUGCGCUGGGAAAGGAGCCUUGACCAUCCAUCUCCUGGUUCCUGAGCACCUGACCUCGGCCUUGCUCUCAGGGCCCCAGCCAUUGGCUGCCGUCCUUGUUCUAGAAACUACCCACAAGGCUGAAGUGAUAGGGCCCAACCCCUGGGGGUCAAGAUCCAAGGUGCGUUGCCUUGCCAUUCCUGAGGCCAGGCUUGGGCUUCAUUUCACAUUUGGUCCCUGGGGUACAAAGGGCCCUAUUUCCUCCAUGGCUGGGCUUUUCCAGUGCUCGGCACUGGAAGUUUGCAAGGACCCAUUUCUGGACCUCUUUGCAGCAGGACUGGUCCCCCAUUCCCAUCCCACACACUGUCAGGCCUCCACAACCCCUAGGAAGUACCCAAUACCAUGACGGGUGGGAACUGCCCAGGCCUCCUAUUGGUUGGCUUAAAUCUCUUUUUAAAAAUAAAAUUAAAUAUAUAUAUAUAUAUAAAUCUAGAAAGAGAAUGGUGUUCGAUAUUUCCCCUAGCCUCCUAUUAUCCAAGGUCGUUUAAAUUCUUCUCCAAAGCAAUCAGUAAUAGCUAGUGCCUCCUUC